AUGGCUAAUAUAAAGACAGAAGAUGAAAUAAUCCUCUUUGAAAGAGAAAUGAAAGAGUUUUGGACCAAAUUAAAAAGCAUUUAUGGCACUGAACAGAUCAAUCAGACUUUAGCACUGAGAGAUUCAUGCAAGGAGUCCAUAAAAGCGCUUUCAGAGAAAUGGUCCAAGAAGCUGAAAGAAGGGGACCUGAUGAUUGAUAAAAUUAAGGAGUAUAGCAAUGAGAUUCUCCAGCAGAGCCAACACAUAUCAGAAAAUCAAGAGCAUUUGACAGAAAUAAAAUCUAACCUAAAUCAAGAAGAAGAGCAAAAGAAGGACUUGACUAACAGCAUCCAAGAGCUUAAAGAAGAGUUGAUGAAGAAAAAGGAAAUAAUAUCUUCUAAAAACAAAGCCGCUAAGGAGAGAGUGGAACGGCUAUGCAAGUCUAAAGUAUUGUUUGAAGAGCGGCUUGGACUGGAGAUACGCAGAAUUCACAAUGAACAAUUACAGUUUAUAUUCAGACACAUCGACCACAAAGAUCCUGACAAGCCAUAUGUGUUUACCCUUUCCAUAAAUGAACAGGGAGAUUAUGAAGUGACUUCCUGUACUCCUCCUCUGGACUGUAUAGCAGAGCUCCAGCUCAAAGUGAGAGAAACUAACAAUUUUUCUGCAUUUGUUGCCAACAUCAGAAAAGCUUUCACUGCUUUAUCUUAUAAAUACUCUGCAUAA